UGCCAGAAGAAGCGGGCAGGGGGAGGCCACAUGACGAUCUCGGCACCCAUUUGGCGAGCCACGGCGGUGCGGGAGGGGGGAUGGCCAUGGUGGUUGAGAUGGGGGACGGAGCCGUGGAGGGCAUACACGAAGCAGCACUCGAGUGUUGCACGUAGAUGGACGGCACAGGACAGUUCAGUACCCGUCUGGCAUGCAUGACUGGCGGGCUGGCGGGCUGGUGUAGCGUCGCGUAGCGCUAUUGGGAGUGAGAAAAAAAAGGUCCCUAGGAACCCAACAGGUACACAAGAACCGCCGGUCGUUUUAGCCAUGUGUUCUUGUUGUUCAAUCUUGAUCUUGCUACUAUCGCUGGUGCCGCUCCUCUUGUUAGCUAUUGUGGGUGCAGUCACUUGUAUAUU